AUGGCCGAGAAUGGGGCAUCGCAGGCCAGGCUGGCCCCUCCCGCUGUCACGGCAUUGCGCAACGAGGAUGGCGACAAAGGAAAGAUGCUCAGGACGAUUAGCAUGGACAUUCGUGAGGAACGCGAGGACUUGAAGAGGGCUGCAGAGCAGUCGCUGAACGCGAUUCUGGAACUUGACUUGGACGGAGAUAUCAAAUGGGUCAGCCCGUCUUGGGAAGAUCUAACGGGGACUCAUGCCGACGAAAUCACGGGAAAGCCGAUUGCAGACCUACUUGUGGACAAUGCAACCGUUUUUGCGGAGAAACUGGAGGCCAUGCGAAAGGACGACUCAAAGAGUCAUUUCGUGUGCUUCACAGUGAAAGUGCCCGCAACAGUGGAGACUGAGGAUGCCUUUUCUACUGACGACAAGACUCCAGUUGAGCCGAAGCAUGGGUCGGAGUCCAUGCCAAACCCAGAAGACAAAGUGGGUGAAGCACCGGAUCAAAAUGACCAGCACGAACAAACUAUGGACCUGGAGGCACAAGGAAUCAUGGUUUACGAUCGCACCACCGGAGAAGAAAGCCAUACUAUGUGGAUGGUGAAACCUGCGGUCUCUCAUGAGGUCACCAUUGAUUUGCCCCAGGUACUUGUCGGCUCUUUGGGUAUUGGUGCGGAAAUGCUCGCGAACUAUCUUACCUUGCUUGCAGACGUAGGGACACAGGAUCCAGCUAAUCAUGCUCCUCCCCUUCCCGUGCUUUGUCGAAUCUGCGAACGGCAAAUUACGCCGUGGUGGUUUGAGAAGCACACUGAAUUGUGCUCGCAGGAGCAUCGAGCAGAGAUGGAAGUGCAAAUGGCACAAGAAUCCCUCAACGAGCAACGAUCUGCCCUUGUGAAAGUUCUCGAUGCUCUGGAGGCACAAGCACGCCUGGCCAAGCCAAUCCCUCAAGACGCCGGCUCGCCCGCGCCGUCUGCCAAGGCUGAAUACAAAGGAUUGCCAAUCGGGCCCAACUCAGCUCCUUCAUCCGGCCCUUCCUCAGGGCGUGCCUCGCCAGUGUCCCAUGUGUCACGAUCGCGAGAUUCCUCGUCGAGCGGCCUUGGCCAUCACAGAGCACGGUCUUUCGCUGUUCGGCGACCUUUGGCUCGCAUUGUUGAACUUGUGUUAGAUCUUUGCGAUACUGCCAUGGAAAUAAGCACACCUUCGAUCAAAGAGACGAAAGGAUGUGCCCCUGGCGAGCUCAGAACGCAGUCGCCUCAGUCCGAAAGCCGCAUCCAGCAGGUUUUACAGUGGCAGUCGCCAAGUGCCGGAUCACUUGAGAAUGAACAAGGCCUGUCGUUACUCUGCGAUGACACUUCGCAGCUAGCCAAGACAAAAGUUGAAGCUGUGUUCAGGCAUCGCCGCAUUUUGGAGUAUUCCGAGCGCAUCAGGAUCGAGUAUGAUAUCCUAGUGCAGGAAUGUAUCGAAGCUGCGGUACAGAAAGCUGCACGCAUUGCAGCUGGCGAGCUAAGCGAAUCGAGCUCAGAAGAGGAGUCUGGCGGCUACGAAACGUCGGGUCCAGAGCAAACUCACGAGUCCGAGUCAGAGGCUCCGGGCGAGCAGCGAGAGCAAGGAGUUGGCGAGGACAUGUUCAAUAUCAGGCCGUUCAGAUCUACUGGGAGCCCCUCGGCGAUGGCGAUGGCUCUGCGUAACGCGUCAGACCCAUCUCUCCAACGUCGGGAAUCUUCAGCCGAGUCGUCACGAGCAAGCAGCCCGCGUGGUGCGACAACACCCAAGUCUUACGGCACUCAGUCGGAAACGUUUCCGUUUCCGAAACGUGGUUCAAUUGCACUGGAAAGCGAUGCUGGCGCGGAAAGUGACAGUAGCAUGCGCUCCUCGAUUGCAAGUGGUAGUCAUCGGCGUGCGGACUCGCCUGGUGCGGAGCUUAGCCUCAGUCGCGUUGCCAGCACGCGUUCUCGUGAUCGCAAACGCCAAUCUCUAAUUCUUCCGAGCUUGACUGCCGCUGGACGGCAUCAGUCACCAGGGCGUGGACCUCCUCCGCCAUCGUCUCCUCUCCGUAUGGCCAAGCCAAGACUACCCAGCGGUACCGACAGCAACCCCUCACCAAUUACUUCGCCGGUCUUGACGCAAAGCGAGGUCAACUCGCCAUUGUUGCGCGCCCAAAACCAUCACCACCAUCAUCAUCAUCGACGAAAGUCUUCUGCAACGUUAUCCGAAGCCAUGGUUCGACCUGCUUCUCCACGCCUCAGCGCAGUCGUUAGUAACCCGCAACCACGUGCGGUUCAGACUUCAAUCAAGGACUUUGAGAUCAUCAAGCCAAUCAGCAAAGGGGCUUUUGGCAGUGUAUAUCUGUCCAAGAAGAAAUCGACUGGUGACUACUAUGCGAUCAAAGUGCUGAAAAAGGCGGAUAUGGUUGCCAAAAACCAGGUUACCAACGUCAAAGCUGAACGCGCGAUCAUGAUGUGGCAGGGCGAAAGCGACUUCGUCGCCAAGCUGUACUGGACUUUUUCCAGCAAAGACUAUCUCUAUCUGGUGAUGGAGUACCUGAAUGGCGGUGAUUGCGCUUCUUUGAUCAAAGUCCUGGGCGCGUUACCCGAGGACUGGACUAAGAAGUACAUUGGCGAAGUUGUGCUCUGCGUACAGCACUUGCACAGUAGGCAGAUUGUCCAUCGUGACUUGAAGCCAGACAAUUUCUUGAUCGAUGCCAAGGGACAUUUGAAGCUGACAGACUUUGGACUGUCACGCAUGGGUCUCAUCGGGCGCCAAAAACGUGCCAUCAAUGCAAAGCCUGGGGAGGCUCCUCCGGAUUUAUUGAAAGCUGGACCUUUCAGGCGUGCACCUUCAAUGGCUUCGUCGCGAUCCACGUCUUUCGACUACCAGGGACACCAUCACUCUCCUGGACUGACGCCAGCGCUUACGCCCGGUCCCCUGAACAGUGAUUUCAACCAGCCAUCAUACUUCAGUCUCAACCGCGAGCCAUCUCGGGAGCCGUCGCGCCGAACGUCGGGUCACCGAAGUGACAGCGGAGAUAGCGAUGCACUAUCUGCGAUGUUCCGGCGAUUUUCUGUGGCGGAUGGUAGGACCCCCAUUGAAGAAGAGACUGCAAGUGAAGAAGGCGGCAGUGAGUCUCCUGAUCCAUAUGCUCUCCAGCCAGUAGCGAGCAAUUCGAGUGUGUCAAGGACGGAAACGCCUCCGCAGCAGCCGACUACCAUGCCGCCGCCAAUGAUGGCACUCUUCGAUCCCGAAGACAGCAAUCGUCGUUUUGUUGGAACUCCUGACUAUCUGGCACCGGAAACUAUCAAUGGAGCGGGCCAAGAUGAGAUAAGCGAUUGGUGGUCUCUGGGUUGCAUCCUUUUUGAGUGUUUGUAUGGCCGCCCACCCUUCAACGCUGAGACUCCCGAGGAGGUCUUCCAGAACAUAUUGUCUCGCAACAUCCAUUGGCCCGAGGAAGACGAAGAGGAUGCGGUGUCAGAAGAGGCCAAAGAUCUUAUCAACAAGCUCAUGUGUCUGGAUCCUCAGGAGAGACUUGGUUCCAACAAGGAUAGCAAAUUCGAAGACGGAGGAGAUGAGAUCAAAGCUCACCCAUGGUUUGCGGACAUCAAUUGGGAGACACUUCGGGAAGAUGAAGCAUCCUUUGUACCCGCUAGCGAGAACCCAGAGGACACUGAGUACUUUGAUUCACGAGGCGCAACCAUGCAUGACUUCGCGGCCGAGUUCGAAGAUCAAUCCACGUCGCCUGCUCAGACGCCCGGGGCUGACUACCCUGACCGACCGCACGAUGCGUUGUCUCGAGUUAGGAGCCAGGUCAACUCUGUCAAACGCAACUUGAUGCCUCUCCACAUUCCACCACAUGUUCGUGAUGGCCGAUCUCGUAGGCUCAGUGAGCCCGUCGCUGCUGAUGAUUUUGGUAAUUUCCAAUUUAAAAACUUGCCAGUACUGGAAAAGGCGAACAAGGAUGUCAUCCAGAAACUGCGUGCAGACGCCAUGCAGGCUCAGGCUAAAACAGCAGCCGGUGGCUCUGGCUCGUCUUCUGCAGUGGUUCCGCCUUCUCCAGCACCAUCAUUGGAGUCCAGCCCAGUUGUACCAGGACCCCUCAAGCGAACACUGUCUACAAACAAGGGAGCGAAUCGACCGCAGUCACCAUCACUUCUAAACCAGACCAACUCUUCUCCAAGCCGAGGAUCGCAGCCCUCUUCGCCCUUGCUUGUGUCCUUUAGUACAGGACAGAAUCAAGAAAAACGCAAACAAUCCAGCGGCUCCUCAAGCCUCUCAGCCCAGACGAGCAGUUCUCUUCAGCCUGGAAACUUCUUGGAUGGCCCUAGACAUCCGGUAACAUUCAAAGCAAACCCAAGCGCACCUUCGCCAGUCAAGUCUGGUCUACCAGGAUCAGUGUCACUUCCGAUGCGGCAUGAAAGAACCUCAUCAGUCCACAGACAGCCAAGUAUUUCGUCUCCGCGGCAGCGAUCGCAGACGAUCGGUUCCGCGUCUCAAGACCAGGACCGCGAUCUUGUACCUGAUAUCCUGCCUGCGCAUCACCACAAGAGGCGAAGCGGCAUCUUCGACGUCUCGCCGUCAUCUUCGGAUACCGAGGAGACGAGGCAUCAUCAGGCACUUCUACGUGUGCAACGCAGGCGGCAGAGCUCGCGAAGACUGUCCCAAAUCAGUCUCGCAGAUGGGCCCACCUUCCGCACCCUGGACGUUCUUGUUUGCGAAGAUCAUCCAGUGUCUCGCCUGGUCAUGGAGCGGCUGCUUGAGAAACUGCGAUGUCGUACGAUUGCCGUGACUAACGGAUCGGAGGCAAUGCGCUACGCCAUGAGCGAAGUCAAGUUUGACAUUAUCAUGAUGGAGUACAAGCUACCCCACGUCAAUGGGGCGGAUGUGGCGAGAAUGAUCCGGGACACCAAGAAUGCGAAUUCGCAUACGCCAAUUGUCGCCGUCACCGGGUAUCUGAAAGAGCUGCAGGCUCCACAUCACUUCGAUGCGUUAGUAGAAAAGCCACCGACGAAAGAAAAGCUCGAAGAGGUCAUGGGCCGCCUCUGCCAGUGGAGGACACCGCCGGAAGGGUGGAAACCGACUCCGACGCCCUCACAAGCAAUUCCUCAGCCGUCUGCACCGCGACAGGACUCGCUACCAACCGAUGACAGCCCAACAACCACUUCGUCCAUGGGUGCGAUGAGCUUAACACGUAGUCAAGGAAGCAGCUGGGGCAACAGCGGGAGCAGGGAACCGUCGAUCAGCUCGAUGGGCGAGUCUGACACUCACUUCGACAGCAUUCCAGUUAUCAUCAGUCAACAAGCCACCAAUGAAUGGCCCGAGCAAUCGCAGUCCGACCUGGAAAGACAAUUCGGUGGCCUCGGCAUUUCCCACUCUUCGAAGGGAGACUCCGCAAACAGUAAGCGUUCGGGUAUCGUCGGGCCCCCUGUACCUCAUCUGGUGGAGCAAGCGUCUGCACCUGCGGCGCUGAGUGCUCCGGAGCCGCGAGUACCUCGAAAGCAGCCUUCGAACGAAGCAAUACAAGCCAAGCGCCGGUCAUUAGAGAAGGUACGCCAUGAGUCCGCAGCUGAGAGUGGCGACGACGAAGACGAAGAGCUUGGCCAUUUUCAAGUUAGGCAACGAUCACCUAAACGUCAUGUCAAGCGUAGCUCGAAGCUGGGAAUCGAGAUGAUGCGCACCAACAGUCAAGGCAGCGUGAUCUCCAGCGAGGAUGUGAUAUCCCCAAAGUUACCCAUCAGUCCGACUACUGCUGCAAACCUUGAAGAGGAUGCCAUAGCAGAAGAUCCCGCCGCGGAAGAGGCUGAGAACGAAACGGAACUGGGAAAGCUUACGCCUCCUGAAUUUUUCCCUCAGAAACCUGGCGAUGGGCAUGCGGAGGUGAUCAACAUGGAUGCCGCUACUCCGAAACCUUCUCAUACGACCCCAUCGGACUCAGAUCCAACGCCGAGACCUAAGUCGCGGCAGGAGGCAGCAGAGGAGUGA